AUGAAUCAAAAACAAACUACAGUGAUUUUUUUCUUGUUAGCCUUAAUCUCAGCAUUGAUUUUAAGACAAUCUGGAGCGGAAUUAGUGGGGCAUGAAAAUUGUGAUACAACCGCCAUAGAUAAGGUGCCGGGAUGUUACGAUGCACUGAGAUUAGCGUCAGAUUCAGAUUACAGAUGGCUAUCAAAAGAUUGUUGCCAAGCAGUGAGCACAUUUCUUGAUCCUUGCUUCUUAGUUUGUUAUCCUGGCAAAUCAUAUCCUAUUAAUAUCUUUCAAGACAUUUGUUCUUCUAAAUUUCCUGGAUCAAAUUAA